AAGUGUCAUCCGAAUUUAUAAUAUGUCAAAUGUUCCAACUCAAAAUGUGCAGGGUCUAGAACAGCAAUUUGCUGGGAUAGACAUCAACUCUGGUCGCCCCUACAGUGGUAAUAGGGGAGAUAACUUCAGUCAUGGUGGACCAAAAUAUCGACCUAACAACGUAAACCCCAGAUUUCAGGAGCAAACAUUCUACCAUCAAGGACCACCUCCCAAUGUGCCUCCACCAACUGGUAGUCGUUAUGUUCCCCCUCACCAGCGAGACGGUGCUCCGGUACCAGGCAACUUCCCACCCGGAUCUGACAGUGGUGGUCGAGGUGGCUAUGGAGGCUACAACAAUCAGGGCCGUGGUGGAUUCAACAUGAAUGGAAUGCCUCCCCAGACCUUCAACCAGCCCAACAUGGGUGAUGGACGUGGUGGAUACAACAACUACAGCCGAGGAGGUUACCAAGGUGGCAACUAUGGUGGCCAAGGUGGUAACUUCAACUCCUUCAAUCGUCGAGGAGGAGGACAAGGAGGCUAUCAAGCCAACGGAGGUGGAAGGUACAAUGGUCGUGGCGGAGGAAGCAGUGACCGUGGCAUGAGACAGGGAAGCAUGCCUCCACACCAGAAUCACCCACCACCAGGCAAUUCUCGCUGGGAUAACCUGGAUGAUGAUCGUGCUCCACGGGAACAAAGGGCUGGCAGUGCACCUUCCCAGAAUUGGAAUAACCAGGGCAACCGCUGGGACAACAGGACUGAGUGUAGUGUAGUGACCAACAGUCGUUGGGCUCCAGAACCCACUAAAGAGAACUGGAAUGUGGCUCUGCAGAGGAACGACCGUCUGGAAUUGGAGCUGUUUGGUGGCGGUAACACUGGUAUCAACUUUGACAAAUAUGAAGACAUCCCAGUGGAAGCUACUGGAGAAAGCUGCCCAAAACAUAUUGAAUCUUUUGAGGAAACAGAACUUGGAGAGAUCAUUCGUAACAACAUUAUCCUUAGCAAAUAUGCCAAGCCAACCCCAGUACAGAAGUACUCCAUCCCCAUUGUUCUGGCCAAACGUGAUUUGAUGGCUUGUGCCCAGACUGGAUCGGGAAAGACUGCUGCUUUCUUGGUGCCAGUGUUGAACCGUGUGUAUGACAAUGGACCAGGCGAUGCCCCCGUGCAGAACAAUCAGGGACGCUAUUCCCGAAGGAAGCAAUAUCCUGUUGCUUUAAUCUUGGCACCUACCCGUGAGUUGGCCUCACAGAUUUAUGAUGAAGCUCGUAAGUUUUCAUACAGGUCUCGUGUUCGUCCCUGUGUAGUGUAUGGAGGAGCUGACAUUGGUGCCCAGAUCCGUGACCUUGAUCGUGGCUGUCACCUAUUAGUUGCUACCCCUGGACGUCUUGUUGACAUGAUUGAACGAGGCAAGAUUGGUCUUGACUACUGCAAAUUCUUAGUUUUGGACGAGGCUGACAGGAUGUUGGACAUGGGUUUUGAACCCCAGAUUCGUAGAAUUGUGGAGAAAGACACUAUGCCUCCUUCUGGCACUAGACAGACCCUCAUGUUUAGUGCUACCUUUCCAAAGGAAAUCCAGAUUCUGGCCCGUGACUUCUUGGACAACUACAUCUUCUUGGCAGUGGGCAGAGUAGGAAGUACAAGUGAGAACAUCACACAGAAGGUAGUCUGGGUCGAGGAAGGGGACAAACGCUCCUUCCUUCUUGAUCUUCUUAAUGCUGCAGCUGGUCCAGAAGCUCUGACCUUGACAUUUGUGGAGACCAAGAAAGGUGCUGAUGCACUUGAGGACUUUCUCAUCAUGGAAGGCUACCCUGCCACAAGUAUUCAUGGUGAUCGCUCACAGAAAGAGAGAGAAGAGGCUCUGCGACAGUUCAGAAAUGGUGACAGGCCCAUCCUUGUCGCAACUGCUGUUGCUGCUCGUGGAUUGGAUAUCCCUAAUGUUCGUCAUGUUGUUAACUUUGAUCUUCCAAGUGAUAUUGAGGAAUAUGUCCACAGGAUUGGAAGAACAGGACGUGUUGGAAACUUGGGACUGGCCACAUCCUUCUUCAAUGAGAAGAACAAAAACAUUAUCCGUGAUCUGAUGGACCUGCUUGUGGAAGCCCACCAGGAAGUUCCAUCUUGGCUUGAAUCAAUGGCCUAUGAAGCACGCCCCUCUGGACCAGCUAGUCGUCGGGGAGGACGCAGGUUUGGUGGAACUGGAUUUGGUGCCAGGGAUUACCGUCAACAGAACAAGCCCAAGCCAGCAAAUCCGGGUUAUGGAAACUUUGCUGGCAGUGCUCCUCCAACAACAGGAUACAAUCAGUUCAACACCAACUAUGGAAACUACGGUGGAUCUUAUGGAGGCUCGUAUGGUGGGGCUCCUGCAGGCAACAGUGGCCCUGACUGGUGGGGAAACUAAGGCGGCACUUAGCAACAAUUUGAAUGACAACCACAUUUUGUUUGUAACAUGUACUCUUUAUUUACACAAUUGGUAACAGACGGCUAGAACCAGUGCUUGCUUAUAUCAGAAAAGUUUUUUUUUUGAUAAAAUAAAAAAAGGAACAAAGGACUAGAAAAAUAACUAUAUUAACAAGUGUUUUUGCCCUCCUUAAUAUAAGUUAUUGUGAAAUUCUUUGGAUGGGAUAUACCUCCCUACACACUGCACAUGUGAAGUUGGUGUCCUCAAAAUUUGUUAGAGGAAGUUGUCGGCAUUUUUGUUUGUGAAGUCUUCUAAUUUCAGACACCAGUAGAGGAUGGUGGUUUACAAGUGUUAUAAGAAUAAAGCCACAGCUGUUUGAAAUAACGGUUUACUUUUUGAUAAUGGUAAUAUUGCAACGUAAUUGUUGUUUUAAGUAUUUGUUUAACUCUAAAUUGGAAGAAAUGUUUAUUAUUAUAGAUGUGUAGUAGGUAUGAAACGGUCGUGUACUUCAGUAUGGAUGAUACCUGUUUAUAUCAACCAUUGAAGAAUUUCAUCCGUCAGAUUGGGGAAAAGUUUCCUACAGACAUAUACCAUUUACCAAUAGUUAGUUUCCCCUUCAUUUGUUUUCCCACUAAUGUUCAAGAACUUGUUCUGCUGUAAUGAGAAUAGGAAAUCUUCUGUAGAGAAACAAAUACAGCAGUUCAGCUUCAUUUGGUUUACUUGACCUUGCCUAAAAGAUGUGACAGUUUGUGAAUUGGAUGGAUGUACUUUUGUAUCAAAUCCAUUUAUGGAUGUGAAAUGGUUUAAUAGUCUGUGGUAUUGGUUAGCUGUUGCUUGCAUACAAAAUAUCACUGUUUUGUUUUUUGUCUGUGUUGCAGAAGGUUAAAGAUUUGUAUGGUUUUAGAAAGAAUAACAUUGUUGGUUUUGAACCAAGGAUAGGAAUGUAACUGCUAACAGUAUCCAUUCAUAGACAAGCAACAAUCUGAUUCAGUUUCUAAUUUUGCUGAUAUGAAAAUGUAGUUGUUUACAAAAAAAACAAUAGAUAUAUAUAUAUAUCCCCAAAUUAUUUUUAUAUCUUCUACCAAAUCUUUAAAAUAAAAUGGCUUUUUGCACAUCUAAAUAUGUGCCAUGUGUUACAGUAUGCACUGUGAAUAGGUGUGGCAUAAAGAUUACAAUAGUCUGUCCUGUUAAGAAGAGGGUGUCAUAAACAAGGUGACAAAAUAAUACCAUGGACAUUUUUGCCCACCUUUAGAACAAUGAUCUUUGUAUAUAUAAUUAAACCGAGUGGUAUGUUGCAGUGAUAUAUGGAUUUGAAAACUGGUUCUAGUGCUGUUGCCACAAUGUAGAGCCAGAUAUUUGUUUUCUUUUCUUGUACUUUUUUCUUUAUUAUUGUGUAGUAUAAUAUAGUAGUAUUGCAACACAACUUGAAUAUAAAUGCCGUCCUGUUUUCAACUUGAAGUAUAUUGUUCAAUACAAAACAUGACUCGGUUAUGACCAUUGGUGGAAAGAGAUUCAUUUUGUCGAUCUGAAUUUGUGCCAUCUGAUACAUGUCUGUCCAUUUACACAGAAAUGUCAGUGAGUUAGAUUACAAAGCUUUCUUAAUAGGAAAAUAUUUGCAACCUAGAGCAGUAUUUUCUUCAUCGCGUGGAAACUUUAUUGGAAAGUUUGAACUGGACAUAGAGGCUGUGAGUUUGAACUGAUUUUAGGAGCAGUUCAGAAAUGACAAGAUUUCACUUGUCAUUGUUAUUUGGCAUUUUUUAUGAUCUCUAAGAGACAGCGUGCAUGCAUGUAUCUGACACAUUUUCAGUGUCAAGAGCAUAUUUUGACAAUUUAUACAACUUUUUAUUUUUAAAUGUGUAAUUUUACUGUCAUAAGUGUGUACUCAUGUGCACUAGAAAGGUGUUGCAUUGAUGGUAACUAUACAUAUACAUGUAACAAAUAUAUUGAUCAACAAUAUGUUGGUUUUAGGCAAUCAGGGUUAAUGUCGAUGUUUACCAAGAUUCUCAGUUUAUUUACAAUUAGAAUUGUUUUACCUGCAGAUGUCUUGACUGACAAUCUCGUAAAUUUUCCAUAUUUAUGUAAAAGAUAUACAUCAUUCAGUGCAAGUUUCAUAUGUCCAUAUUUUAUGGACUUUCUGAGGUACGAUUAUUGCACUUAAGGUAUAACAGGAUGAAUCGGUAUAAUAUUUAUCAUUGUGCAAGUAAUGCAGUACAAUUGAAUAAUGUACUUAUAUGUUCACGACUUUGAGAAUACUCUUUCCCAGAUAUGAUGUUGAGAGAGACAACCUUGUAUGGUACUGAAAUGUUGGAAUAUGGGUUUCCAAACUUUUUUUUUUCUUCAAAUGAACUUUAUUUUGAUGAUGUGAGUCUGAGUAGAAAAGAUGUUCUACUUACAAAGAAAAUUGCCUAUUAAACAUAACACACAUUUUCUGUGAAAAGAAAAUAGCCUUAUUUAUGAUUUAUCAUGGUAUUAUUGCCACAGGUGCAGUUUUAACUGUACUUAUGUCUAGACUCAUGAGGUGUUGAUUAACAUUCUAGAAGUUUACCUUCCCAUUAUUUUGAAUUAAUAAACCUGCUGAGAUGUGUUUUGUAAGGCAAUUUUCUAGAGAAAGAUUGAGGCAGUAUUUCAAUAGUUCAUCUUUGAGCAUUUCAUAAUUUAAUAUCAGGAUUUAUUUUAUAUUACCAGUACUUUCAAGGAGAAAUGAUGCAUAUUCUUUGGUAUGAAGUAAUAUGUGCAUCAUAUUCUAUCUGAAUGAAUUACAGUAUAUUGCAUAUCCUCAACAGGACUUGUGAAACACGUUUUUUGUCGUAAGCUUAUCUGUGAUUUGUCCAAAAAAAAGAAAAUGUGGAUGGAACAAAUCCAGACUGUUGACAAAAACAGUUUGAUACUUUAGAACCUCAUUAUUUGCUUCAACAAAACAUACUGUAGUGGUCCUUUUGCUAAAUAUUAGUGUAAUUCCAGACACUAACUGGAUGAGCAUGUAUUUUUGCCAAUCAAUCAGUCUUUCAUUCGGGUCAUGUAUUUAAAUGCACUUAUUCUUGUAUUUUAUACCGUGAUGAGAGCAUAUGGGAUAAGAUGCACCAAUAAUGCCGGGAAUGCUAAGAAUUUUCUGAAGUAUAUUCAGAUUUCCGGAAAUCUCUGGAUUUGAAAAUUUGUUGCAUUACAUUUUAUCAGAGAAUGUGUAUGUAUCAUAUUGUAUGUAUGUUUAUAUAUAUAUAUACGUAUUUGGUAUUCAAAUGCAGCAAAUUUAAUGACUCAUUCUGACAUCCAAUUUGUCAGAAAUUUCCCGGAAAUGUGAAAUUUCUGAUAUUAUUUGAAGCACAAGUUCUGCAGGACCAAUGAUUGAAACUGCUUUUUAUGUACUUGGCUGGAGAUUCCAGCUCAUGAAAUAGGAGGAAUAUCAUUAUUACUGAGUUUAUAACGUCUCCCUGCCUCUUGUUGAACUUUAUGAAUGGACAAUAUUGGAAGAUCACUGAAUCAGUUUCUGAAUCUCAUAGUGUUUAUAAUGAUGAUACAAUGUAGCUAUUUUUGUGGAGGUUUUAAUGACAAAGAUAUUUCAUUGUGAAAGUAAGAAAUUAUAAAAAAGAUAUUCAAGACUUCCUAAGUAUGUGCUUUAUGCAUACAUUUCAGUGGUAGUAGACAUAAAUUGUUUUUAAAAGGGAAUAUUGAUUUUGACUGAAUGAACAGUUGAUAUCUUGCGUAAUAUUUGCCAAAAUUCCUCGAAUGUGGCGAUAGCUUCAAUCAAAAUUUAUGCCAGUUUUUGAAUAGUGAAUCAAUGAUUCCCUGUAUUUUUGAAGUCGAGGUGUUUUUUUUUUCUAUUGUUACGCCACUAUUGUUUGAUAUUGCAAUACUGUUAUUUUGUAUUUGUACAUUUUUGUAUUUUUAAUUGUUGGAGAGAUAAUGAAACAUUCCAGAUGUGUUCAAUGAUGAGGUUGGUUAGUAUGUAAUAUUGUAAUCAUUUGAUACAUUUUCAUCUCUCGUGUACAACUAUAUAGAGGCAGGUGAGCGGGCUAGUUAUCUCAGGUAUUGAUCAGUAGUUGUGGACCUCUUAUUUCUUCUCAAGUACAAGUCCCACUCAUUAUUAAAUUAAAUAUUAACUUGGAAAACUUCAGAGAUAAAAAUUGAUAACAGAGAAAUCUCACAACAGUUCAUUUCUCUUUUUAAGUAGUUUUUUCAGCUAUUCAGUUGCUCCUGUUUCUAUGGAAGUAAUUAAGACAAUGAUCUUAUGCAGGCACGAACGAUUUUAUUUGUGCAUCCCAUUUAAUUAUUUAAGUUGAUAAGUAAUCUUGGAUUAUUGUAUGUGUCCUUUCUGAUGUUUUAGACAAUAGAUCUGUCAACCACGCCACAUGUUGUAAUUUUACAAUUCUAUAUUUGUGUCUUUGUGCCAGACUCAAAGUAACUGUUUGUGCUUGAUAUCGGCAAAUCUUUUUGAAAUUCUCUUGAUGGAUUUCUGAACAAGACUUAAGUCUCAUCUUUAUGUGGAAAAAACUGUCUCAAGAAGGACAGGAUGUUUGUUUGAGUCUCGCAUAAAAGAUUUAAGUUGAUAGUCCUUGGCAGAAAGCACGGGGUACAGUGGAUCUUUAUUGACUCUGACAACCUUCUUGGCUCAAUUUUUUUUAUAAACAUACAUGCCACUUAUUUAUGGCAGAUUAAGUCGAUCACAAUCAAACUUUCCUUGUUUUUGGGACAUAAGUGACACUUAAAAAUAGUCAUUAUCAUGUGAAAAAAAAGAUGCAAAAUGAAGUCUCCACUGCAUGCAUGCUUUCUAAUUUGUCCUUAUUAUAAUCAUCUUUAUUUUAUGGUAAAUAUGUCGGGUCUUGGAACAAAUUCCACUGCACUGUGUGUGGUGCCGGGUUGAUCUCCCCCUAUGUAGUUGUAUACUCCUACACAGUUCAUGUUAAAUCACCUUCAUCCUCUGCCUAGCAGUCUCCUCAUCAACCAGUCGCUCAGCAUAUUCACGAGACAGACUUAAAACGUUCUGGGUAGAUAACAUAGUUACGUUGUAUUAUUCUCAAGGGAAAUUAAUAACCAGGUGGUGCUUUGUUGAAUUUUUAUGCAACGACCGGUGAUUCUCGUCGCACCGUAGGACUGCUCUUCCAUGAUUCUCUUUUUAAAAAAGUGAUAUUUAACAUUAUCCUCAUGUAUUGCUCCAUGUCGAUCAUAUCCCCAAGAUGACUCUUAAUAAUGCAUAUCUGUGAUCAACAUUUAUCAAUUGCACAUAAUUGAUGUGUAUUGUGCAGUGCUGUGGAAUUCACUUUUUUACAGCAUAAUCUUAAAUUGUCUCACAAUGUUAAUAUUUGAUAUGGAUAUGCUACCUUCUCUUAUUUUGUUUUAUUUAAUUUUUUUCUUACUUUUUAUAACGACUUUUUUUUUAUCCAGACUUUGUGGAAAAAAAUAUCAACAAUGGUGCUGUUUAUGUUUUUGUUUUGUUUUCCUGCAUAAAAUUCGUUUAAACUUUAUGUUGUGAUGAACAGAAGAAAUACAACUAUUGAUAGUAGUUUAAAUACUCUAGGACCAGGAUGAUCUUUAGAGGAUGACUAUUUUCAAGCUAGACGACAUCAGUUAAACAGUCAUUGUUUCAGUAAGCUAGCCAUACAAAAACGUUGAUAAAAUCUCUGAUGUUGUAAACUUUCAUUUAUACAGAAAUUUGUUCAUAUUGAAAUAAUAAGAAACAACAAUAAACAAAAUUAAUAGCUGGUAAUAGUUGCAUAGUAACAAAGAACUAUUUUAAUACCCCUCCCCUAUUACAAAAGGUUAUGUCAAGUUUUGAGUUACCUCCCCUGAUACAAAAGUUUACAUGGUAGUGAGGUGCACGAGAACUUUGUUGAGCGGAGGAAGAAUGCCUUGUGGCAGAGGAUGAACAAAUACCAUUGGGGGCUAUGUUGAUAUUACCUAUGUUUGAAUUGUAUAUUUGCCAUUUAUUCAAUUAGAAAAACAUGUACCUUCCUUUGAUCAAACACUUUAAUUUUGCUGAAGAGUAUAAUUGGUAAGAGAAAAAGAUUUUCAAAUUUUUCUGGCCAGUUUAAAUGUUACUUGUUUGCAAUAUGUUACUCUAAUGAAAUCUGAAUCACCUUACACUACUAAAUUAUUUACAGUUCAUAGGUGUGACAUUAGUUUAAAGCAAGAAGUAUGAAAACAUUGAUUCAGUAUUACUUACAACAGAAGUUACCUUGUCAAUUAUUUGUUUUAAAAGAAUUUUAACCAUUUCAAUACAUGUGUAUUUAUCAAAGCAUUUUGAUAACUUGACCUGAUGUUAUAGUUUUUAAAGUUGAAUUCUAGUCAGUGGUAGGGUAAUGUGAAGAGUCUUACUUGACCUAGAAAAAAAUAAGAGGUGCUUCACAUUGUUUAGAUCUUUAAGGUAGAGUCCCCCUGUUUUAUUGCAUGAAGACCAUUGAAAGUUAUUUUUCUUGUUAAAUGUGUUAUUUUAAUGUAAGUAAACCCUACCCCCACUGCAUCUUCCCACCCCACCCCCCAACCCCUCCCAAGAAAAUAAAGGAAAGGAGCAGUUGGAAAUUAUUCUGAUUCAAGGGGAGAAUUGCUAAUACAAAGAGGUUCUGUAGAUUAAAUCCGAACAAACAAGACAUCUAGUUUUCAAAAUGCCACAAUGGAGCGGUUUGUUGUGUAUCAUUUUGACCUCUGCUCCAGAGAAGAAAUUGAAACUUUCAAUGGUUGGAGAUAUGCAUUACAGGGCACUGGGACACUACCACAAGUUUCCACUGCUAGGCAUGUACUAUAUACAAUUAAGUUACCAAAAAAUCCCUAGUCAAGUUCAAGAUCUUUUACUUUUGAAAUGGUACUGGUGCAGUCUUUAGUCUUGAAGGUGUGGUAUGUGAAAAUUUGUCAAUGUUUUAUGGCCCUAAGCCAUGUUAAACAUGUAGACUGCUUUGUUGCAACAUUCAUUUGUGUAUUUUUAAUUUUUUUCUUCAAAUAUCAUUAAAACACUUAACAUCAUUCUUACAACAAAAGUUAUUUUUCACACAAAAAAAUUAAAUGAAUAAAUAUUGGUUUUCCUGUGAUGCUAAAUUUUGUAGAUUAAAAAAACUAAUUUUGUGAAAUUUGAAAUGAUUUCUUAUUUGAAUAUAUACACUUUUAUAAACAAUGGGAAAACAAAAGGCAGAAUACAACACAUCAAUUGUCGUUAAUUAUCAUAUUCUUAUCAAUUCAGUCUAGUCUGCUAUGAACAAAUGUUUGUUAACUUCUGUUUUUUAAUGAGGGAGCAUGUUUGCGAAUGAUUAUAUAUAUGUUUAUAUAAUAGUAACUUGUUCCAGGAAUGCUUAACAUAGAUAAAAUCUCAUAUCAUUUGAAUUUUAAAGGUUAAUGACAAGAAAUUUUCACUUUUUUUUUUCUUGCUUUUUUAUUAUGAUUUCUUUUAAAUAGAUCUUACCAUAUAUAUUUAUAUAUGUGUGAUCUGUUAAAGUAUUCACUUAGGAACGACAAACUGAAGUAUGCAUAAAAGUGUUUAUUUGUAGAUAGGUACCAGCACUGCCAAAAUACUGACUUGUUUUAAGCUGCAAAGUUACUCUAUAAAAGAUUUACUUUGGGUAUUCACUUAAUAUAUUUGUGAACUUUUUGAAUUAAAGAAGGGUUCUUAAUAGGAGAAAAGUUUACACCUGGAGCAAACAUUUCAUUAUUUUGGAGUGCCUUAUCUAUAAAUCAGAACUAUAUAGCUGUGAACCAAUUGUUUCUUCCAACAUGCAUUUUCAUGUAAUACAAUGUAUUUUAAUGGGAUAAAUUUUUCACAUUUUUGGUAGACAGCUUUUUGAAUAGGUAUUCUGUUGAUGACUACAAAUUAAUGGAGUUUUACAAAAUGUAGAACGAAAUUCUCAAAGAACAUGUGCAGCAUUUUUCGUCAGUUUUAUUUGAGUGUAAUGAACAGAUAAGAAAAAAAUAUUUCAAGAAAGUGGAUGUUGGAAGAAAUAUGGCUGGGGAACAGUUGUGAAGAAAUGAAAGUAUGUUUAUUUAGUAAAACCCAGUGAGCGAAUCAAAGUGUUGGGAGAGAGAGUUGUGAACUAAAUGGGGCGGCAUUGAUGUGUUUUUUUUUAAUAUAGUUUGGAUGUCUGGCUUAUGUACUGGUAUAACAUGCCAUUGCAUUCACAUGUGAUGGGAUGCUAGCACCAGUGCAGAUAAAAUAUGAAAAAAAUGUAUAAAAAUCUAAAUUUGAAAUGUGGUUGUUCAAUUAUGAAUAAAAGACAUGUCAGUUUAAAA